UUUUUUUUCUUUCCCAAACAACACAGAACCUUCUUCAUCCAUGUUCUGUCCUUUUCUUCUCCUUCCUUCUUCCUCAGACAAAUCUACACAUCACAAAAUUGUACUGUAAUUCAAUGUUUGAGUUGGUACAAAAACCCUUUCUUCACAAUUGAUCACACUUCUUUUUCCACUCACUUUUGGGUCAUAGCCAAUUGGGAAUUUAGCCCAAUUCGAAGUUUUAGCCUCUGAGAAAUUCUCACUCUCUUGCCCAGGGAAAAAGGGCCUUCAAAGUUUGGACCUUUCAGCUUCAGAUGGCUUCUUCCAGCUCCCUUGCUGGAAAGGGAAAACGACAUGCCGUUCAGGAGAACUCUCCAGCCUUCUGCUUGAGGAUUUUCAGUCGUGAAGAUCUCAAAGACGGGAAGAAGGAACUUCCGCCGGCAGCUGUGAGGGAGUAUGGACAUCAUUUGGCAGACCAUAUAUACCUUAAGGUUCCAAAUUGUGGAAAACAUUGGAAAAUAGAAUUGAGAACAUCACCUCGUGGUGACCGAAUGUGGUUAGAGAAGGGAUGGGAAGAGUUUGCCAGCUUUUACUUACUAGACCAAGGCGAUAUGGCAACCUUCAGCUCUGAAGGCGAAAAUUCCCAUUUUCAAGUAAGCAUCUAUAGUUGGGAUGAUAUGGAAAUAGAAUACCCUAUUCGCAGUGGAGCAGGUGAUGUCAGCACACCAGAGAGAAAAGAAAUAGGAGCUGAAGCUGUAGCUAUAGCCAUUUCGGUUUCCCCCAGAUCCUCUGCUGAUGAACGUGGAAGGGCUAAGGUCAGAAGACGAAGAAGGAGUGUAUCAGGAUCUGAAGCUGAAGCUAGAGCCAUUUCAAUUUCCCCAAGAUCCUCUGCUGAUGAACACGAAUAUGAUGUGAGCAGUUUCAGGUCGGAUAAGCCAUUUCUUGAUAUCAGAAUUCCAGCCAAGACCUUGGCCUUUCGUGUGUUUAUAAAUCAAGCUUUUGCCUCGGAACAUUUCUAUAAAGCAGACACUUGUUGUGACUUGACGCUACAGAAUAUUCAAGGUGACAAAGUUUGGACAAUUCAGUGUUGUUCAUACAAAAGAAGUAACGGAAGAAUACAAGCAAUAAUUUCAGGUGCUGGUUGGAAAGCAUUUAGGCAGGACAAUCAUCUGGAAGAGGGUGAUGUCUGUGUGCUAGAGGUGAUAGAGGAACGUAAGUGCAGAGUUUCGAUAUUCCGAGCUAAAAAGUGAAGAUAACAUGAAUUGUUCAUAGUUCCAGAGCAUAUUCUUUUGAGGUUAGAUGUGAGGAAAAGUUAAGUAUCAUCUUAAAGAAAGAUUAGUGGUAGAAGAAGCUCAGAGGAAGUAUUGCUAUCAAUGUAAAAAUGAGUGCUUUUGGUUGGAUUCGAGUACUAUUUUCAUAUGCAGUUAUUCCUAUGUCUCACCGGAUAGUUUUCCACAGUUGCUCCUCUCUUUGAUCCAAACUAUGUCAAGCAUUCUUCUGAUGCAGUGAAAAGAAAGACUGAGAUCAGUGCACCAAUCUUUGACAUUCAACCAUGUACACUUUUAAAAGAAAUUUUUCAUUCUUCGGGGUAAAUAAAAAAGUUGUCAGAAAUCA